GGAUGCGCGAGCUCGGUUGUUAAUGAAGUUAACGUUACUUUAACGUCUGUUGAACCACCAUAACAAGUCUAACGAGCCAUUUUUACAUAUAAUUUGGACAAAGUCGAGAGAAAACACUGAACUGUGACAGAUAUGGAAGAAGCAGAGACCGUCCCGAUACUUUCCAGAAAAGAGCUGCGUAAGCAGAAGUUGAUGGAAUACUUGGCAGGAAAGGGAAAGCUGAAACAGCCCAACCCUAAGCCAUACCUCCGUGAUGACGUCCAGGUUAAGAGGCCUGUCACGUCUACACAAAAGGUGGUCAUGGGAAAAGAGAACACAGCUCCAGCUGACAGAUUCAGAUAUGAAGGCACAAAAAUUCAAACUUUGGCUGCUCAAUCCACAAAACAGCCUGCCAGAGAACCAUUUGGUGUUACCAACAAAGUGAAUAUAAAAGCCAACAUCCCAACCGGGCGGCGAAAUACCAGUCGUACUUCUGCAACCUCUGGCCUAGCACAGCCAAAACUUAAUCAAAACCCUGUGCUGACGAGAACCUACACCGUUGUGUCGUCCAAAUCCAACUGGAAUGAAGCCACCCAUGCUAAAAAGCGUCCAGAAACAGGAAGUCCAUCUUCAGGCAGAAUCUCUUCAAAUGCAGCUCAUACAGCUGCUACAAAAUCAAACAGCAGAUUCAGCAGGAGCUCAAAUGCUACCAGGUCAUGUCCAGUGAAGACAGCCAGUAUCAGGAUGAGUCUCGGCCCCAUGGUCAAAACAAAGACAGGACUCAUUCCUGCAGUGACCCAGCCAAGAAACACUCAGAGUCAAAACUUAAGACACACCUCUGCCACAGCAGCUGAUACCACCAUCGCCACAACUGCUUCUGUAGCUAAUAAGGUGCGAUCCAGCUCCUUUUCAUCAGCUUCUGUUUCCCAGCUGUCUGCCAUGGCUCAGAGAAAAACAUUACCUGCCACUGCUCUAAAUAACCCUGUUAAUGAGAGAUCAGCAGCUGGAAUUAAAGUUCAACAACAGAACAAGUUAAACUCAAAACCACUUUUGGGCAAACAAUCUCAGCCAUUUUGCAAGAGUCAACUAUCAUGUGGACUGAAAUCGGUGUCCACCUCCUCCAAAUGCACAGCAGCACCUAUUAAGCCAAAGGGAAGAGAGGGGUUGUCAAAAACUGUGAAAUCAGCUGGCCAGCCCACAGACAGGACCACAAAGCAGAGAUUCGAGAGUGGAGGGCAGAAAAAUGGCCAAUCACGCAAAGUCGCUGCUCAGACAUCCUCAGGGCCAACGAGCAGGUGCAGCUCCAGAGCAGUCAGUGGGGUUAGGCGUGCUGCAGUGGCUGAGCUGCGAGGGAAAACCAUGACAUGUAAAGAGACCGAUGGCAAGAAGGGUUCAGCGAAUGCCCCUCCACCAAAACGAACAGGCGCCCCAGUUAUGUCCCAGACAGUGCCACGGCCUGCACGGACCAUCAGCCACACCAGUCAGGGCACAGACACAAAGACGCCAAAGGUCCCUGUCAGGGUCCUUCCCCAGACUGAGGGAAAGAAGGUGACCACUGCCCAGGAGGAAAGAAUGAGAAAGCUACGCGAAUGGCGGGAAGCCAAGGGCAUUUCCUACAAGCGUCCUCCAAUGCCGGUGAAGCCUCAGGUCAGGCGCACUGUGGCUGUGCCCCAGCCUUUCUGGGCAACCAUGAAUGAGGAAGACGAAGCCCACUCCCUCAUCUGUGCCGUGGACCGAUCCCUGGCUGACUGCAUCACAUUGCUUGGAGAGGGUUGCCCUCCAGACCAGGUGAGGGAGGUUCUCACACGGCUGCCAGCAGUGUCCCAGAAGUUUGCCAAAUACUGGAUCUGUCAGGCCCGCCUGAUGGAACAAGAAGGCAACCUGGAUGUCCUGCCCAUGUUUGAAGAGGCUGUUGGUCUUGUGUUGGAGCCAGUGGAUGAGCUGCGGACUGUGGUGUUUGAGAUUCUGAAGAAAAAGGAUGAGAUCCAAGCGUCUGCAGAAAAUGAGAAAGAGGAGGACCAAAUUCCAACAGGUGAAAGCACUCCUGAAAGUAUCAACAACCCGAUGAUGACCCCCAAACCAGUGAGAGCUCUCAUCUGGGGAGAGAAAGGAGACUCAUCUGUAGUCAAGUACAAGAUCACAGCAACUCCUGGGUAUGUCUCAGUCAUUAGUACAACUUCCAGCAACAAAUUUAACAUAUUCAUGCCGGCCAGUUUGUUUAAGUGUGGAGUAGAAUAUAUUUUGUUAGUGAUCCAGACUUUAAGGAAAAACCUGGAAAUUAUUUCACUGUUGAGUCUUAAAUCUGUAACAUAAGUUAUUAAAGGUGGGGGAAAAUGUAUACAGCGUGACAGAAUCGUAUCAUCACACUGUGCCAAGUAUUGAUUUUUGUAUUAUAUAAACAGCAAAUAAUGAAAAUAUAGAUUAAACUUCAGGUAGCCUACUUGAAUAAUUUAAUUAAUUGCUUUUACUGAUACAUUUUGCUGCUGCUGCUGCAAAAAAGGCUGAAGUGGUGUGAGCAAACUGAAAACUUUAUCUUAUUAGAUAAAACAGAUGUUGACAAAGUUUUCCUCUGGGGACAUAAUCUACAGUUGGAAAAAGGGUAGUAUAUUGCAAUGUAUUUUAUCACAAUACUCAGCAUAUUGGAACAUAUUUAAAAUCGGGAUAAUAUUUUAUCGUGAUUUAAGUAUUGUGAUUGUAUCGUAUCAUGGAUCCUCUGGUGACUCCUACCCCGAGAAAGGUAUGAACAUAGUUUACAUUUAGUAAUUUAUGUCAUCUGCAUUGUAGAGUUUUAUUAGAAGAUAGGAUUGACCACUAUGGUGACAUGGUUGGACUCUUGGCUCACAGUGCCAAAUAAAAUCUGUUCCCACCAGACUUGGCACACAAGACAUAUUUUAUCCAUUUUUGAGGUCUCACACAAAUCAUCACCAUGAAUUCAUCUGUAAUUAGUGACAUUACAGAUGAGCGUGAAUUUCAACUUUGGCCCUAAUUGCUGAAUCAAGUAAAUGGCAGGCAGCGAGGGACAGACACAAGAAAUAAUUCAAAGUCAAGGGUGAAUACUUUGCCUGAUGUCUUCACACUGGAAACAUCUGAAUGAAGAAAAGAGAUUCAAGCAUGAUGAGUUUCCAAUGCUCCUUUUGAACAGGUAAUGUACUAGUUAAUAGUAAGAUAUGUGCCUACGUGUCAAGAUAAAGUACCGUUGUAUUAAAUUUGCUACUGAUGUUCGUUUGCAUAUAUUCGUCUUUUAUUUUGAGUAGUUAAGAUAAGACGCAGUUACACAUCAGCUCAGUGAUAAAAUUCCAAUAGCACUCCUUGGGAAUGUUCAAAAAUAGAAUACCAGUUUUAAGGUAAAGUGUGAUAUGAAAAUUGAUGGUUAUCGACCGUAUACAUUUAUUUGCUUAUCUAUGAUAUUGAAAAAAAAAAAAUAUAACUGGAUGGAGAGUGUCACCUUUAUUAUAUGUAUUUUCAAAAGGGAGACUUAAAAAAAUGUAUCCAAGUAUCAAUAAUGAUAAUAAAAUGUUCAAGAAAAAUAACCCGGAUAAUAUAAUAAUUGUUAUGUCAAACUGUGAAACUGUGAUACUUGAGACGGUCACCAUGCCGUGAAAAUCUCAAACCACAGCAACCCUAAUCAGUACGUGACAACAGAUUUUGUCAUCAUGGUGGCCUGCCACUAGUACAUUAAUGCGUGGGAAACUGUGAUUAGUGUA